CUUGGAUCCGAUAUUCUUUUACACCAAGUUUGGGCUGUGUUCUUAUGUUAAAACUGCAGCCGAAGUUUGACCUGCGCAGAGAUGUGGAGGCUGAUAUUCGGAGGAAGGAGGCGACGGUGUGCAGGGUGAAAGACUACUCAGGAGCGGUGGAAAUUUUGAUCCUCAACACUGAGAGAGAUGGGUGCAUCCUUUACUCCUGGAAGGGAUCAACAGGGACCACCAGAGUCGGGAAAUAUGAUUCGAGCACGAAGCAGAAUAAGCUCCUUUACACUUUCGACAAGCAGGUUUAUGUCAGCAGCUGCUCCCUAAACAAGGAGGAGACAUUAUUAGCUGUUAGCUUGGCACAAAACACCCAUGGCGAGGAGCACCUGAAACCAAUGUCUAAGUGCUUGACGCUCCUGAUUGAGAUCCAUCCAAUCAACAACACCAAGGUCUUAAAGGCGGUCGACUGCAGGGUCAAAGUUCAGUUCCUCUAUCCCGAAAGCGAGCGUGGAUCAGUGCACGAGAGCCACUUGUUGCUUUUAACUGAGGACGGAUAUGUGGAUCAGUACCACGUCCUGCUUACCAGACACGAUGGUUACAAAGUGGUGCUGGCCAAUCCCGAGCGUUUAUCCAAGAUGGCCGAGCGGGUGGUGGAGGAUUUUUGCUGGGUCCAAUGGGACGUGCACACGCAGAGGCUGUACUAUCUCACCCAGGCGGACAAGUUCCUGCUGCGAUGUGUGCAGUUCUACGACAACCGCAAUUGCGAAACUGUGUUGGAGCUCCCAUUAGAGAUGCCGGCUAAUGCUUUCAGCGCCGUCAAGUUUGUGAACCUCGGUUUCGACCACCAUUACGCGGAGAAGCCCGAGCGAGUCAAGAUAGAAGUAUUCACAAACCGAUUAGAACGAAGCAUGUGCGUGUGCUACAGCCGACCCUCUCGCGACAAAGCCGAGCUCAUCUAUUCCGUGGUUCUGAUCCACAAAGACUGCAGCAAGACUUUCCGGGUCACUUUGGGUCAGCCCGCUCGGGACGCCCUGCAGCUCCAGCCGCUUUUCAUCCCGAUAGGUUACUACGUGGUGGUGUAUCUGCAUAAGCGCUUCCUGCACUGCAUCAACAGCAGGCAGCAGGAGAUGCUGUGCCACUCGCUCUUCCUGUCUGGAGAUGACGCCGACUUGGGCCUACCGUCAAAGUCCGGAAAGUUCACCGUACUGCACAAAGAGGAGUCGUCAAGCACGGCCAUGUUGGACCCGGUAGGCGGGACUAUCCACGAUGUCCAACUCAGCUCCGCCCGCCUUCUGCAAAUCCUCCACUCACCAUCUGGGAGAGCCAACAACAUGGCCGACGCUCAACGCCUGGCCGCCCUUCACUGCCUGCUUCUUCACAGCGGAGAUGACCCAAACGUGGAGCUGGAGAUUAUUGAGUGGCUGUGUGACAAUUUAAACGUUGUAGACUCUUUCAACCAGAUUCAGGAGUUCAUUCUAGCAUCUUUAUACAAAAUAAGCUACCAGAGGUCACUCAGCCAGGAUAAACUUCUGCCUUGCUCCUCGGUGUUUGACAUGAAGGAGGUACCGGCGUGUCUGGCGACGAUCCCCGGCGUGCUGUCCACUACUCGAUUGCAUAUCGAGUCAGUUUUUAAAGGCCAGGCCAAGAGUCUCCAGGGCUUCUGGUCCGAGCUGCAGUGGAACACAGAAAGGACAACAUAUUUUGAAGUGGAUCCCAACCCCAGAUACAAAACGUCUUAUAUUGAAGCAUACUGGAGCAAACUUAUGGCUGAGGAAGCAUCUAGUCACAUGACUCAUGUGUUGGAGAACACUAAGAAGGUCCUUGCCAUGGUGGACACUUGGGAUCUUGGCAGGAAGCUGGUGCCACUUUUCCAAGAGGAGGACCACCACCAGAGGUUGCUCAUAGGCCUGACGGUGGAGAAGCUGCGAGGGCAUCUGAACACGCACCUGCCUCGCCUUGGCAAGAAGAAGAUCGAUUCCCUGGUUAUCAACUAUGUAGCCAAACUGCUGGAGCUGAUCAGACACAUGCUGGAGUCAGUCUGGCAGAAGCACAAGCUGGGCCCUCAUGUUCUAUGCUUAACACAGCGGGGCGGUCCAGGCGAUUGGGCCGUCUUUCACUUCAUGCUUCGGAUCCUGGAAGCCACUCGGGGUCUCUGCAUGCCCCUCCCACCUGGCUAUCACACUCUGCUAGCGGCGUUGGCUUUGCGUUGCCUCCCUCGUCACACUUUCCUACAGUACGUCGACCACCGCUUCCUGCAGCUGACGGAAACCUUCGUGUCUCGACUCAUGACAGAUUUGGACAACAGCGCGGCCAAUGAGAAACUCAAGUUCAGUGUAUUAAAACGACUUCCCGAGGAAAACAGAUUCUACCAUAUGUGGGAUCAUCCUGUCACUUCGGUUUCCAUCUCCAGAGAUUACGUCAAGAAUCUGUUGGGGAGACACAACAAAAACAAGGGAUUUGCUUUCACGGGCAGAGACAACACGAGUUUCGGAGCAGAGUUCCUGCCUCUGGCGUACCUGGCCAAAGUGCUUUCUAAUAUCGAGGAGCAAGCUCUGAAUCCCUUCGAGGAGCAGGGAAACGUGGACGCCACGUUUGUGGAGGAGACGGCUCUGAAACAGACACUCAUUCUGCUGGGCUUUGAGGGAAAAUAAUUUUUUUUUAAAAAGGACAGAUGGGAGAAUAACGAGAGCGAUGAAGGAGAUGAAUGGGAAGAUGCUGAGAUGUUGGCAGGAUUAAAGAGGAAAGGGAGGAAAACUUUGAACAUUUGUUUACACUUGAAUUCAAGUCAGGAAGCCUUUUGUGUUAAAUCGAUACAUCAGCAAGAAAGCAAAAUCUUUGCACAUUCUAUUACAAGACAUCAUCGUGAGGAAUGACUUGAUUCAAAAAAAUGUGUCCAAUGUAUUUUUAAAAUCGAAAAAUAUGGUAGUUGGCCACCUGGGGGCAGUAUAAUUCCGUCAUUCUUGGCAGAGGAUAAAGAAUAUACGCAUGUUUAACCUUUGUUAGCAUUAAGCUAAUCAGACUUAAAGGGAUUUUUUUUUCUUUUGAUACGCAAAAUGUCCGUUUUGUGUUCAGUUUGACAUACCUCAAAUUUUUGCUCACAUGGGAAAAACUUGUAUGUCAAGGCUCCAUCCACGAGCAGUUGGUUCAGCGUUAGCCGUCAAUGUAGGACGUUUUCAAACGAGACGCGAUUAUUACUUCAGAGCAAAUCUAAAUGAGAAGAUAAUGCGAAGCGCGGCGGGACUCACUUGAGGGAACUUCACAGAUGGAAGAUUAAGCUAUUAUUUUUUGAAAAUUUUGUGACUAGUAUUAGGUCAAUGAUGAGGGAAAUCAGUCGGGGUCUGUUUUUUUCUUUAUUAUUAUUAUCACAGGACAGUAAAAACGUCCUCUGACAAAGUUGGAUGUGUUUUUAAAAAAAAAACAACAACAUUCAGUCAUAGGAUAUAAAAACAUCCUUUAUCCUUAUUUGGUUGGAAAACUUCGGAGUGACCUAUUUCACCAUCAUGAAUAUUCGAAACCAUGUUGGACGAUUUCCUGUAAUCGUUUGUCACACAUUGUUUCAAUAUUUGCAUACAAAGCGAUCAGACAUUUAUUUAUUUGCACAACAUGCUGCAGAAAUAUGUCGAGCACAGCGUCAAACAUUUGGAACUAAAAGGAGAU